CCCCCCGGCGCCAUGUCGGUCAGCCCCAUGGCCUACGAGACGCAGUUCUUCGGGUUCACGCCGCAGACGUGCAUGCUGCGCAUCUACCUGGCCUUCCAGGACUACCUGUUGGAGAUGAUGGCGGUGGUGGAGAGCGUCGUCCUGAAGAAGCUGGACACCUCGCCGGGCGGCAGGGUGAGUCGCCUGGACGUCAGGAAGAGCACGGAGAAGUUCCUGCGCUUCAUGAAGGAUCACUUUGACCAGCUCUUCGGGAAGAUGGAGGAAGUGCUGCUGCAGCUGGUGCUCAGCAUCCCCCCGCACGUGCUGCUGCCCGAGGACAAGGUCCACCAGCAGUACCCCUACAGCGAGGAGCAGUUCCAGGCACUCCAGGACGAGAUAUCUCGCCUGCGGCAGCGGUGCAGGGCCGAGGCGGCUGCCGGGCAGGCGCUGCGAGCCGAGCUGGAGGAGCAGAAGGCCGUCCAGGCUGAGCUGGAGAAGAUCCUGCAGUGGUUCGACGGGCUGGAGAACACCUGCAGGGAGCACGGGACCAGCAACUUCAGGGAAAGCUUCGCCUUCCUGACGCAGAACUCUAAGAGGCUGCAAGACGUGCUGAAAGACGUCAAAGAGAAAAGCAAAAAAAUAAAGAGAGGAGAUGAGUGACUGUGAUGGACGUUCCGAAAAGGAGACAAAAUGUGUGUAGACAGCUCACCCGUGAUGACAGUGACUUAAGCAUUGUCCCUGAUGCCUUUGCUCCUCUGAUCCUGCCAGCAUCUGGACUGAAAGCUGCUGUGCUUCUGCUGAACCCUGUCCGCAUGUGCCGACUUGGCAAACACGGGAGUAGGGAGCGGAACAAAGCCUCUGUUUUCUGCCAAAUGUAGCUCUGAACGCGGUGACUGAAAAUGAAUUUCUGGUGGGAUAACUUGACAGAGGGUAACUUUGUGGCCUUAAUGUUAACUUUGAACACAACUUAGCCUUCAUUUAUUUUAAUAUUUCCUGAAAAAUAAAUAAAUACAGCCAUAAGAA